GAGUCAGAGGCAUCCGCUCCGCUCCCCGCAACGAACACCCCCGCUCCUCCUCCUCUCCAGCUCGGUCGGUUGCAGGUGGGAAAGGGGAAGAGAGACUCGCCAGCUCGAAGUCCAAACCCUCAACCCCCGCGCCGCGCCGCCCCGCCCCGCCCAUGGCCGCCUCCUCCUCGCGCUCCCCCGCCUCCACCUCGCGCCGCGGAGGCGGCGCGCGGCAGUCCCCGUUCUUCCGGGACCUCGCCUCCCCGAUCCCGUCCCACCGCGCGGCCUCCCGCUUCGCCUCCUCGGCGGCGGGGCCCACCGCCGCCACGACGCCGCCGCCGCCGCCGCUCUUCACCCUCGACGACCGCGCCGCCGCCGUGGACUUCUCCCCCGACGCCGCGGCCUCCGAACUCCUCCUCCCCGUCGCCUCCUCCCCCUCCCCGCGCUCCGCCGCGGCCGCCGCCAGCCGCUCCCCGUCAUGGGACCGCUCCCGCGGCAGGGCCUCCGCCCCCGGAUCCCCCAUGGAUGGGGUCGUGGAGCCGCCCCGGAAGGAGGUGCUUGCUUUGCCGCCUCCACCGAGCCCUGGUACCCCGGCGCCUCCGCCUCCGGCCGCCGAGGCACAGUCGCCUGUUACUCCGGCACCUGUGUCGACUGGUAUGGAGCAGGAGAUGAACGGAGGAGGGGAGGUAGAUCGGGAGGAGUGGAUCACUGUAUUCGGGUUCUCCCUUAAAGAUACCAACCUUGUUAUCCGGGAAUUUGAGAAAUGCGGAGUAAUUUUGCGGCAUCACUCUGGUCCACGAGAUGGUAAUUGGAUCCACAUAUUAUAUCUGCACUCUUAUGAUGCUCGGAAAGCCCUUCAAAAGAAUGGUGUCCAGCUAAGCAGUGGCGUCAUUAUUGGGGUGAAGCCUAUUGAUCCAAUGCAUAGGCAGCAGCUCGAUGAGAGGUUCGCUGGAAACAAACAAGGAGGCUUCAUGGUUUCCUUGCCUCCAAAGUCUCUUGUUCUGAAGGGUACCGGUGCGUCGAAUCAGUUGGGAGCCUUGCCACGCCCCUAUGAUCCUAAAGCUAACACAAAUGUUAUCAGAGACGCUAACCGUCGUGCAACAGGUAGCGUUGCUGCACCAGCAAAAUCUCUUGUAACGAAUGUGAUGGAUUUGAUAUUUGGCAUUUAACCUGCCAUUUUGAGGACCUAUGACCUCAACCUUUCCAUGUUUCUUCUAUGUUACUAGUCCUCUUGGAGGACGUGGUGGUGAGCAAGAUGUCAGCGUGCCAAAGGUCCAGGAGCAAAUUUGCCUAAGAUUUAGAGAAAUUGGAGAGGGAACUUAUCUUUGGCGAUGUAACCUUCAUAUUUUGCAACCUUUUCUUUUUUGGCUGCACUUCUAUAUUAUGAUUCACUGAGAGCAGUUGUUGUAUGCUGGUUGCUAUAUAGCUCGGGAUGAAAAAAAAAAUUUCCAUAGAAAUGAUGAAAAUACAGAGAUUUUUUGGGAUUAAUUUAGGGAAAAUUAGGUGAUUUCAGCUUUAAAAAUGAUCGGGGAGAACAAUUUGAUUGAGUAUCCAUUACUGUUGAUUUAUCAAUGCCAGUUGAUUAAAAAAAAUUCUUGCUGGAGGCUGCUGAAUAACCGAAAUUGUGUUGUACUGGCACUCGAAAAUAUUUAUACUACAUAAUUUGGUGGUUGUUGCCACCAUCUUGAAUA